AUGUUAAAACAACUUAGUUUAGUAGUAGUUAAUGUAAAGAUCCUACCUCAAUUUGUUGAGUACACUCCAAUUAUGGUGGUUCAGUAUACAGAAAGUGAAUUCGUUCCCUCGGUCAAGAAUCCAUAUGAAGAUAUGAAUUAUAAUGAUUGUGAUUUAUUCACACCAAAUCUUUCCAUUUUGAUCGAUGCCAUUUCAACUCAAGGCAAAAUGGAGGAUGCACAGAACGAUGAAGAAAAUGUAGACAUCAAUGCGAUCGACAACGAACCUUCACCCAUUUUAAAUAGUAACAACAAUAACAAUAGUCAUCGUCAUAUCAGUAACAACAAUAACGAUGUCGAAGAUGACGAUGGUUUUGUUAUCAAUCAUUCCUAUGAUUUAAAUAAUAAUAGUAUCCAUAUAAAUUCAAAAGAUCAAAAGAAUCAGAUUCCAUGUUCAUCUUUGAAAGACUAUGAGAUAUCAAAGUUGCCGCUUAGAAAGAGACAUCUGGUGCCAGAUAGUGCCUAUUAUAAUAUACAUCAGUGCUUGUCAUCCCCGCAGUCUCCGCCAACACCAAAGCAAUCAUUGUUGAAUCCUUUUGGCAAUGGUACUAUCAUGGGAGAAUGCACCGAGCAGAGAGUGCCUUCUCCAAAUAGCAGUGGCACCAGCAAUAAUGUUGUGAUGAGAUCUUCGAUGAAACUCACUGAAGAAGACGAUGUCGAUGUCGAGGGAGUCGAGGACGAAGAGCAAAAGAUUGCCCAACAACACCAAACCAUAGUAGAAACCACCACAACCACCUCGAACAACGUAGAGAUCAAUAAUUCUAAUCACACAGUAGUAAAGGCCGAGAAUACUUUAGUUAAAGUCGAGAGUGAUCAAGAGUUAGAAGUUGAUAUUUUAAUGGAUGAUGAAGACAACCGAGUCAAAGAGAUCCCACAACAGCAACAACAACAACAACAACAACAACAACAAAACCAUCACCAUGUAAAGAGAGAAAGAGAAAGAGAAAGAGACAAUCACAGAGAAAGAGAAAGAGAAAAAGAUAAAUCAUCACAUAGCAAUAAUCAUAACCAUCACCAUAACAUCAACAACAACUCUAGUAGUAACAACAAUAACAACAAUAAUAAUAAUAAUAAUAAUAAUGAUAAUACAAAGAAAAGAUUGAAACCUUCAUCCAAGAAAGAACACCGCGAUGGUCACAAGAAGUUAAAGGUUCACCAUGGAAUUAAAUCACAACACCACAGAGACAACACAAAUAUAUUAGAUGACUCUGAUUCUGAUUCAUCCAUGUCCGAGGCCGAAGAAGAUCGUUCCCGCGACAACAGACUUUACUGUAUAUGUAGAAAGAAGUACGAUUCCAACUCCUUUAUGAUUGCCUGUGACAAGUGCGAUGAGUGGUAUCACGGAGAGUGCGUAAACAUCUCUGAGAAAGACGCCAAGAGAAUCGACAGAUAUGUGUGCAUGAAAUGUAAAAAGAAAGAUAAAUCAUUAUCAAUCCCAACCAGUAACCUCAAUAACAACACCAAUAAUAAUAAUAACCACAACUCACCAAGACUCUCACCCAACCAGAUAUCACAAAAAACCUCGCCAACCCUCACCAAUUCACCGUUUAUAGAUAUAAAUUCUCCAUCCACUCCACCCAAGAACAUUAUUACCAACUCACCACCUCACUCAUCGUCGUCGUCGUCGACAUACCAAACCAUUAACAACCGUCCAAAGUGUGCCUAUUCCAAGUUGUGGAGUAGCCAAUGCCAAGGAACUCCUCCACAAGAAUCCGUCACUCCAUAG